AUGGAUGGAACAGCACACCAACACCUUCACCGAGCAACACUCCGAGUUCUCCAUUCCCACAACUUCUCAUCGUCAUCGUCCCUUGCAUCUCACACACUUACAGCACUCUAUGCAGAAUACUUGGAUCUGCUAGCACGGUCGUUUGCUGCCCAUUCUCACCACGGUGGACGAACAAAUCCGUCAUGGCCGGAUGCCGUCAAUGCCUUGUCAGAAGUCGGGGUUGAUGUGGAUGAGUUGUCCACGUGGCUGGGGACUGAAGCUGGGGAAGUGGGCAAAAAUACGUCGUUGCGGGACGAGGUCCAGAUGCGGGAAGAAAGGGGGUACUGGGAGGCUCAUUGUCUUUUAGAGCAUUUAUCAGAGGGUGUAGUGCGGGGUGAACCAGGAAUCCACCUUGUUUACGCUCAAUUACCCUCACCUGUCCAAUCGGAUAAUGAGGAUGAGGACGAGGAUAGUCCGUAUCAAGUAUAUACACCAGACUCUAAACCCGUUGCACUCCCGCCAUCUCCAAUCUCCCGCUCACCCUCUCCAGCAUCUAAACGAACGCGACCCAACGAAUGGACAACUUCUCCACCAGACCAUAUUCCCGAUUUUCUCCCGCCCUUUCCAACAACCAGCCCGUCCACGGCUCCUGCUCCAAUGCCCAGUACCAAAUUGUCGAGGCACAAGUCAGUCCCGUCGAUAUCCUCAACAGGAGCGAUACCUUACGUCCGCUCGGCACUCGCAAAUGCCUCAUUACCACCAUUGGAGGCCCCGGUCCGGUCCGUUCCACCAAAGGAAAUAAGCACCAUUACUAUUCCCUCGGUCGCACUACGGGAAGCUUUAUCCCAACACUCUACCGAUCCUACACCCCCGUUUCCAUUUCCCCAGUCAACACCUGGAACAAACCCAGCUCGGUCCAAGGCAGCGCGUGUGCUCGCCAAUGCACUCAAUCAGGCCUUCGACGCGUCAGACUCAAUGUUUGGCGCCUGGGGUGGAGUGGAAACUGGCCAACCGCAUGGUCAUGGAUUCGGUGUACCUGUGCUACUCGACCAACAAGGCGAACUCGUGCUCGGGAAGAAAGGGUUCGAUAGAGUGGGGUCGUUGGCAACUAGUGGUGUAGGAGGCCGAGUUAUUCCAAGAGAACAGGAUAUAGGAAGUGUUAUGGGUUACCUAAACUCUGCAAUCCUUCCACUAGCCCAUACAUUCCUUGCGCCCUCGGCUCUCCACAAAAUAACGCGCAUUGUUCCACCACAACCGCUCCGGGACUCGGCAGAUGCGGACAAAGCUCAGCCCAUGUUUUAUCAUACGGAAAGAUCGACGAUUGCACCAUGGUGUUUGCCCGUGCCCGAGGCGGAUGGUGGAGGCCCAUUGAACGGAACUGGAGAGGGACUGCCCGAGGCCAGACUGGUUCCUACGUGGGAUUGGACUGCCAAGGAUUAUGAGAGUGGGCUGAGGAGAGCAAAGGCGUAG